AGUAUACCUUUAAAAUAGAGUUGAAUGUGUGUGUUUGGGUUGAGAUGUAAGACUAGGUGGGUCGUACACGCUCGUGCCUGUCUGCUCGCAAUCAGGUUAAUAUUUGAGGGGGUAAAACUAAAAGAGCUGAAUUCAAUCAAGUCCAAGGUGCGAUGGAUUCCUGUCUUUAUACCUCCGUCGUUGAUGAAGUGCUGAUAGCCAUGUCUAACGCUGAUCAGGAGACGGACAUAUUAUAAUUGGAUUAAAUCAGAAAGAUCUGUGGCUAGUUCAGUGUUUGUGGCAGGCCAUCGGUUCUCAAUGUAUAGUACUCUCAAAACCUGUGGAAUCAAGAUAUGUGGAUGUUACACGGAGGGAAGCAUAAAGGCCACAAGUGGACUGUGCAGUGAGGAGCCUCAGCUUGACCCUGAUGAGGACCACCAUCUAAGAUCGUUGGACACCAAGCAUCCGCAGCUCCUGACCGGGGAGUUCUUGGUCAAGAAGAACAUUCGCAGUAAACCUCCGUUCAAGCGCAGAGUCUCACCUCCGACAUCGUACUUCAACCCCUGGGUCCUUCAGCCUCAACAACUGAGGCAGAAACUCGAAUCCCUCCAAGACGAACAAGGUGGGAGUGACCACCGAAGGAAUGGGACUGCGAAGCCGAUGAAACCGGAACUCAUCGUUGUGGAUAUCUUUGAUGACAGCAAGGAAGUUUCUUGUGGUGAUCAAGAUUGUAAGAUGCCUCAAGACAGCAUUAUGGAGGAGCCUAUCAAUGAAUCUGUUACCAAUUUGGAUGCUACAGAGGAUGUUUCCAGAGAUCCAGAAGGUGAUACAACAUUAGGGCAAUCGGGAAACAGUCCUCCUAGAUUUGUGCGUAGUGUGUCCAACGGUCCCUCAAGGAACAGGGAAGUGUUUGUAGACUCUCAGAGCGGAUCCAGCGGAAGGACAGAGAAGCAUGCAAGAACUACUAACAAUAAUCGUAGAUCGCUCUCCCCACAGGCCAGGGAGUAUGUGUCGAGGCUUGAUCCCUCCGGGAGGCGACACUCUGGGUCUCAGGCGGCCAGUGGAGAGAACGAGGAUCACCAGAUGAACGGUUACAGGCAGCGCAAGAAGAGCCUGGCCCUUGCCAUGAACGAGGGCCGGCUUGAGAUGAAGGAAGUGUGCAUGAGACCGUUGGAUGUGGACCUUGAUUUUCAUCUGAUUGCUCAGCUGAAUCAGCUCAAUCGGGAAUUAAUGGAUCUAUCCAAGUCCGGAUCUUCCACGUCUCCUUCAUCACCUGGCGUCGGUGCCAACCAUAGCUUCUCUCUCCUAGAAAACAAUGGUGAGAUCCUAGUCGAUGGUGAGGAUAAGCACAACUUAUCAAGUUCACCUCAGUCCCCUAUCUCUCUACAAGUUCCCCAAACAAGACAUUCUCAAGGAAAUGACGUGUACAGCCCAAUAUCCUCUAAGAGAGGUAAAAGUCCCGUUGAAGCCAAGCAAAAGAAGUCAUCUCAUGAGACACCAAGGCGUAGACAAUCCGACGAAAGCGUAAGUCCUGUUGUUUCCAGUAAGAAAUCAUCCCCCGAACAAAAGACAAUUGUCGAGAACAGCAAAGAGUCCAAGUCUGUGUCGCCUCGUGAAGUCAUCUCUCGGAUCAAGUUGCGUUUCAGUAACUCCAAACUAACCAGGGGAUCACCUCAGAGGAGUAGUGCAGGUAAAAUAGAGAUCCAAAUCUUGAGACCAAACCUAGACAAUCCAGAGAACGAGCCUGGAACAGCAUUCAAGAGAUCGGCAUCUCUAAGACACGACUCUGAAUCAAGAAAGACGUGGCCAAACCUUGAAGCAUCUACGUGUACAGAGGGUUACGAAGAGAGCCACAAGUCACCAUCUCCCGUUUACAGACGGUGUGAAUCCGAUGGACCGGUCGAAAGGCAACGGAAAAAGCCUCUUCUUCCAGACUCUAACCCAAUGCUAGAACAAAACCAUAACGCACCAGGUAGCAGUACUGAUAGUGGGCUGGGCAAGGAUCAAAGGCAUUCCAAGUCAAGUGCAGACUCGUUACUAGAGGACUUUCAUGUCAGCAGCCAAGUCUCGUCUAGCUGUAACAGCAAUCCUCCUUCCAGACCCCUCUCUUCCGACAUCGGUGACCUGAGCUGGGAGAAAGGUCGCGAGCUCUUGCCACCAAGGUUUAGAGGUAUACCUGGCUACCUGUCUAGCUCUACACCACAUAGCCCUAAUCUCCUUACUCCAACCACCGGCAGUCGAGAAGACCUCUUGGAUGGUCAAUUUUCUAGACCAGAGAGCCAGGAGGACCUGCUCGGUAGCCGUGGCAACGGGAUGCGCGCCUCCGGAAGCAGUCAGGGUAGCAGUAUCAGCCACGCUGCAAUGCAGUCUGGGAUCAAACCGCCCAAACCAAGGCAUAAACCUCUGAGAAGAUCCAAGACUGAUCUAGGUGACCCAUCGAUCAUCAAGGCUGCUUUGACUCUAGCAAAGAUGCAAGGCGAUGAAGCACCUAAGGUAGUCGAGGGAACAUCUAAACCGUUGGCAGUCGUGAGAAAGAGGCCGACGUCUGCGCUCGGCAUCAUGGGAAUAUUGAAUAGUAGCAGCGGCCGAGAGUCUCCCAUCAGACAACUUACUCAGUCAGACGGAAAGCCAUCGCCACGACUUCAACGAUCUCAACGUCAGCCGGCCCCCGACCCCUUGUCCCUGGUCGUCGACGGCGAUGCGGAGCAAAACGAUAAAACCAUGAACGAUCUCCCGCUCACCCCGCUCACUCCGAAGCCUAGGUCGAGAUCUCUCGGAUCUCUGGGUACCUUUGAAAUCCCUGACAUGACGCUGAUGAAGAGGGCGCAUUCACUUCCAGCAGGACUGGGAGAUGAUGAGCUCAUGAUGUCAGAUCCUGAUCUUAGUAAGAUCAAUGCAAGAAUGUCUGAGACAUUUGAGCAAUUCUGUGCGGCGACGUUAGCCGAGGCUCUCUUUGAUCAUGUGACCAUGGAUGGUCACGAGCUUACCUUCCAAGCAGGAGACAUGAUAGAGAUAACAGACAUGACGGAUGCGUACUGGUGGUGGGGGUGCAUAGACAAACAAGAAGGGUGGCUACCAGCGCCCUUUGUUAGAUUGAAGGUUAGUCAAGGAGAAACAGUCGAAGAAUGCAUGUCCCGUCUCCAAGACAACACAUCGUUGCAUCAGCAAGGCCUCAGCCCUUCCCACCAGCCUCUCAUCCGCAAGGUCAGUCUCAGCUUCCUUAGCAACGACCAGGUCAGGGCCAAUGUCAUCAGAGAGAUUAUCACCACGGAGAGGGACUAUGUCAAGAAUCUGGCUGAUAUCUAUGAGGGCUACAUUGAGCAGGCUCGAAGUAGACCCGACAUGUUCAACCAGACUCUCAUGUCCAAACUCUUCUGUAACAUUGAGGAAAUCUACUGUUUCCAGCAGCGCUUCCUGGCCGACCUUGAGACGUGUAUCGAUAAGGAGAUGCCUAAUCUGAGUGCCAUUGGAGAUUGCUUCCUCAAAUACAAAUCGACCUUUGACAUCUACGGUGAAUACUGCAACAACUAUCCUCAUGCAAUGAAUGAGUUCCAAACACUCAUGAGAGACAACAAAUAUGUGCAAUUCUUUGAGGCCUGUCGUCUGCUUCAGUCCAUGAUCAAGAUACAACUUGACGGCUUCCUCUUAACACCGGUCCAGAAGAUCUGCAAAUACCCUCUCCAACUCAAUGAGCUUCUCAAGUACACGCGGCCGCAGCACCCCGACUACCAGCCCUUGAAGAGCGCCCUUGAGGCCAUGCGGGAGGUAGCGCAGAGCAUCAACGAGAGGAAACGGAGGAUAGAGCAUAUUGAGAACAUUGCGCUGUGGCAGAAGACAAUAGGAGAUUGGGAGGGUGAUGAUGUAUUAGAUCGUAGCUCCAUGCUGAUCUACUCCAACGAAGUGAAUCGUGUGAGCCUGGCCGGUAGACAUCGUACGUCACCACGGCAACUGUUCCUCUUCGAUCAUCAGCUCAUCAUCUGCAGAAAGUUAUGGAUAGAUGAAUGGAUUGAUAAAACAAGGAAAGGAGAAAUGAGUGGCAAGGAAUACCUGACUGCAUCCGUCUACAUGUGGCGCGACAUACUAAGACGGGAUCUGUAUGUGUACAAGGACAGGAUAGAUCUGGAUGAUUGUCAGAUAGAGGAUCUACCAGAUGGGAAAGAGAAUGAAUGGAACGUAACGCUUCGGUACGCCUGGAAGAUACAGAACUUUGAAGACCAGUCCAAGGUGUACCUCUUCAUGUGCAGGAGUAGGAAAGAGAAGAAGAGAUGGCUCAGACACUUUGCCAAAGAGAGGAAGAUCGUCCACGAAGGCCUCACUAGAGUAAGCCAAGGUACUCUUCAUAAAAAUCGACCCAAGAGAAGAAUUAAGAGCAGCAGCUUCAUGGCUGCUAAGGAAGCAGCAUUGAAAACCACAUCUAGUAGAGACAAGCCAAGCAAACCAUCAGACAGAGGAGUGACAGUGAGGCGAGCACUAUCGAUGCCUCAUCGGAAAGUGAGAGAUCCGAGCGCUAAAGAACCGGCCUUACAGCUUCCAGGGGCCCCCUCUCCGGAAGUGGAGCUUGAUGCGAGUACCGGUACCCCGAAGAAGAAAGGACUCUCAUUGUUCGGUGUUCAGUUUGGAAAGAAAUGAGAUUGAACAAUCCCGUCUCAGUAUAAUCAACAUGAAGGGACCAUCGAAUACAAAGAAAGAUGUGUGGAAUUCUGCAUCCUUUUGUUUAGAUGAGAAGACAAGAAAGAUUUAGGAGACAUUUCAGAGCCCACCAUUUUGUAGUAGACUUUUGAUCAUGAUUUGAAAAUGGUGGAAAGGACUCUCAUUGUUCGGUGUUCAGUUAGGAAAGAAAUGAGAUUGAACACUCCGAUCUCUGUUAUAUCGACAUGAAGGGACCACCGAAUACAAAGAGAUUUCUACAUUCUUUUGUUUGGCUAAGAAGACAAGAAAGUUUGAGGAGACAUUUAAAAGUUCACCAUUUUGUAGGAGACAUUUGAUCAUGAUUUGAAAAUGGUUAAACCAUUCAUGAUUUCAAUAAGAUAAAGACUACCAAGACCCAUUACAUCAAAACAACAUGAACCGCCAAGAAAGAGAUUUGUGAAAUGGUACAUUUUCUUUCUUCAUCGCAUGGAGCAUAGGUGAUAACUGUUAAAGGUUCGCAUUUUGUAAGUCAACUUUUGAUCAUGAUGUGAUAAUGCUUGAAGCAUUGAAUUCAUGACUUAUUUAUGUCAUUGACAUUAACAUGUAUGUGUAUCAUCGAUGGAAAAAAAAAGUUGCAUUGCCUAUUCUUGAGUGCUUUAACCCUUUACCUAUAGAAAGCAGAUUAUAUCUGUAUUAAGCCUAUGGAAAUGACAGAAUUCAGUAGUCAACGGGUCUAAACAUGCACUUCUUGGUGUAUCCUGGGUGCAUCUAUUUACAGUAUUUUUUUUUAUAUGACACACACACGUGUGCUAUAUAAUGAAUGACAUAGUAAAGGCUUUGUUCACAUAUAAAUUGUAUGACGUUUGAAAGUGCGUUUUUUGUUUUUUUGUUUGUUUUUUAACAAGUAAAUGAAUGGCAGGUUGGGAUGAACAAAUAAGACGUAGCUGUGCACAACAAAGGUCCCAUUCAUACUCACUCAUCCAUUUGUUGUAAGAAACAGAAACGUAAAACUUAUUGUGCCUAAAACGCUCGCAGUAAACAGCUAAAGUUUGACGUGUGAACAAGCUUCAAGACUGUCAUCUGUAUUCCUGCGAUACCUGGUCCUCCAGGAGAGUCCAAAUAAGUGGUGCAGGACCUUGUUUCAUAAAACUUGAUAUCAAUAACAAGUUACAAGCUACUGUUAUAAGCUACUGAAAUCAUGGCAUCUGAUUGGCUGAGAGCAAAUUUGUCAAAAGAAAUUUAGCAUUUGUUAUAGAUAACAAGUUUUAUGAAACAGGACCCAGAGCCAUUUGUCUCAUUUUGAUGUUUGUAGUUUAGACUGACCAACCGCGACCUCUUGACCUGGUGCCAUGUAUCCUAUGCUCGUGUUGUCUCUUUGCCUUGCAAUGUCUCUUUGUCUUCUCAGUCUUGUUUGUUUUCUCAUUGCAUACAAUCGAAGAAGCAUUUAGAAUACAUAGGAUACCAAAUUGUGUCUAACGGUAUUAAAAUACAGUCUUCUGUGUAUUUGGUGGAUAUUUGAACAGCAUUGACCUCAAUCAUGAUACACUAUUAUUAAUAUAGAAGUCUGGUUUACCCCCAAUCCAACCUGGAGUAAAUUCCUGAACUUUUGAUCUUGGUGUAUUUUCUUACAGUUGACCGUACACCUUCAGUUCUUCCUCAAGAACUGCUUUACAGUAUUUAUCUUUAUUCACACAUAUAUUUUGAAAUCAGAAUUUUCAAUGGCUCAUUACUUUACUUAACUCUUUACAUACCCCAAAUAAUCUUCCUGUGCCACAUUGUAUUUAUCCCGGGAUAGAUAUACCAAAGGCUUCCAAGCUAAUUUGACCGUUUCCAGUCAAGAUUAAUAUAAAUAUACCACUGUUGAAAGGGUUGUCAUGGAGCUAAUCAAAACCAUACAAAUGACUAUUUAAUUUUGCAGAGACAUUGUGUUGCAUAAAGUGAUACCUCUGUCCAUUGGUUGCCUAUUGCUUUGUGCAAAUAUGCAUGUGUGGCAAACGAGUUGCUGUGCAGAGAGACAAAGACAGCAAUCAAAGAGUUUAAUAAAUCCCGGGAAGUUUGUUUUUAAUGACAGAAAUAACAACUCAUUUAUAGAGGAAUGGCAUUUUAUUUUGUUCAUCAAUAAAAUAGGAGUGUCAUUACUUUGCUGUAUGCAUGUGUUUAUAGCUAUUAAAUUGUAGGCAUUUACCAAAGACAGAAUGAAGUGCUCACGUUCAAGUUGUUAGAUAUACGACAUAUCAUUUUAGUAAUGUAUUUAUGGUAUUGCUUAAUGUGUAUUUUGUUUUUUUCCUGGGUUUUCUAACCUUCUUCUCAUCACUCUUCUGUCUCCCCUUAUAUCUUGUUAUUUAUUGAAUUUUUUAAGUAGAUGUAAAAUUCUAAUAUAGGAGUAACUUGUGUGUUUUCAUACUUGUUAGCUAAAAGCAGUCAUUUUUGUGUGUAUUGUACUUAUAUGUGAUUUUUGUUUUCAUAUACCAUUAUGCCAAUAUAAAACAGUAUUUCAGUUUGCCUGUUUCUAAGAGUUUUUUUUUUGGGGGGGGGGGGGGGUCUAAACUGCCAUGCAUUGUUUGUUUAUUCAGGAGUUAAAUGCCAAGGAGAAAACAAACUGACUUUGAUGAACUUUAGAGAGAUCGUUUUAAAGUCAAUUAAGUAAUCGUUUCCUGGUUUGUAUUUGGCAUGUGGUUAGAGCGAGUUGAAAUGUCCUCAGAAAAGGUGUGACUAAAAAUAUUGGUCAUUUAUCCGUAAGGAACUUUCAAAUGCUAUAACCCUCAAAAUGACCAUUCAAAACUUUAAACAAAAAACAAAAAACUUCAGUCCAAUUCAAAGAAAAUGUCAAAGAAGCACAAUUAUUUUACUCCUCCUUCUUCAAUCUCUCGCUCUUAAACUGAUUUUUCUUAUUGCUCUGUGAGAACAUGUUUAUGUUGUGCUGCUAAAUGUCAUUUAGAUGCUAGAGGUUUCAUCAAAAUGAAAAUUAUUCUAAUGAUUUUUUAGCAGAUUUUUAUUUGAAGUUCUCAUGUAUAAACAAGAGAUACAAAGAAAAAGGAGAAAAAUUAUGUUUGAGAAAAGGUGAAAAUGAAAACAAAAUUGUUUUUUAGGGUCUAUUGUUCAAACUUUUUACCGGUAUGUACAUGUAUCAACAACUAAAUUACGAUAGAGUUUUUCUAUAAAUUGUAUAGCAAGCAAAUUGUGUAAAAAAUCUUUAGCACAUAUUGUGCGUAGAAUUUUUUUAGCACAUUUUGUUUUAGAAAUAUAGAUGAUAUCAAGUAUGAUUUUACAUGUAGAUAUGCUUAUAUCUACAUAGUAAUUAAGAAUAUAUGUAAAGAUGUAGAUAAAAUGGCAUAAUGUAUUUUAUUUUACAAUGUAACAACUCAAUAUCUCUUGUAGGUAGAAAAAAUAUAUAUAUUUCAUAUUUUUUCACCCGUUCCCAUGUGGAGCAAAAAUCUGUUUUGAUUUAUGAAUGAGUGCUUUAAUAAAUUACGAGAGUAUACAUUGUCUGUUUGGACGCAGAAGGGCAUUGAUUUAUUAAUCAUUUUACAAAAUAAAUGCCCUUUUAGCUCCAAACAGACAUGUUAAUAUAUCUGGUGCAUUAAACUGUUUUAAUAGUGAGAUUUCUCAUUUUUACAAUGGCCGAUCGAUGAUUUCUUUUAUUGUAAAUAUAUAUUUCUGUAAAUAAUGAUAGUCUUUGUUUGAUAUCAACCAUUCUUGCUCAAUCAGGUCUUCCAUUGAUUAAUAGGGCCAAAAUUGAUACAUUUAUAUCAGAAUAUUUUUGAUAAAGAUUUUUGAUCGUUUUUGAAAAUGUUUAUCAUUGUAACAGUGAUUGUAUGGUUAUUAUGUAGUUGUUUUAUGCCUCCUGCUCGAGAUCCGAGUAGCAUGAAUUCAUGUAUUAUUCCAUGUUGCCUUGUAUUAAUAAAAAUCAAGGAUAGAAGCUUGUCUGUUUCUUAAUGUA